AAUGGCGUACACGGUGAUGGUAGAUGAUUCGAUCAAGAUUUCUUUUUUAUACGCGAAUAGAGAUUAUCGCAUAUGGAACACGAAAAACGAGACAAAUCAACAGAUACAACUCCAAAAAAAUUAACAAAAUACACAAUUACAACACCGGAAUGGCAUUACCUUAAAAUUAAAAUAAAUUUCGAUCCACCAACCACGCCACUUCCACCAGUUUCUUCACUUUCUUUAAGAACCUUAUUCACUCGCGCAUUAACAGAAUUAUUUGGAAUAGUUGGUUCAGGUAUUCAUAUAGAUAUUUUAGACUGGAAUGGCGAAAUACACGAUUCUGAUUUUGUUGGCAUAAUAAGAGUACAAAAAGAAAACCUGACAACUUUAUGGAGCACACUUACUUUAUUCAAUGCAACAUUGGAUACUUCAACAGACGCCUCUACCUCAGCAACUGGCACAAAUAUUGAGGAUAUUGAUGAUGGAACUGAUAAUAGUAAUCUUAAGGAAAUUAGUUUUCAAGUUCUUGGCAAUUCCCCUUAUCUAAUGGGAUUAAUUAAUGACAGUCGUGAAUGGACCAACCAAUUGUUACUAGAUUCUUAUUAAACUUUUUUAUAGUUUCUAAAUUGUAUACAUUUAUACCGAACUUUUAUUCCUAUAACUUGUUAAUAUAUAUAUAUCCGACAGGAGUUUAGUACAGAAAUAUUUACAUAUAAACAACUAUAAUAACCUGAACCUGGUUAUGUAAGUUGUUUUACAAAAUGAUCUAGGAACUAUAUACGAAAAACUUUUUUUAGAUUUUUAAAUUUAUUAAAUGUUUAAUAUAAAAAGCGUGGAUAUUUAAUUUUAUAAUAUUUACUAAAAUUUUUGAUGAUAAAUUGUAAAAUUGUUCAAAUAAAGCUUUAAUGAAAUAUUUGACACCUAGGGCCCGCCUUAUAAAAGAAUUAAUCAAAUUAUUUUUUAAUUUGUCGCCCCCCUUUCUUCCAAUAGACCUUGACUUAAUAAAUAUUGCUUUAACCUAUUGAAAAGUUCAAUUUGAUCUUGUGGUUUAAGUGAAUUAACAAUUGUUUGAAGAACCGCUCCAACUGUUAGAGAUGACAUCU